GUCUUCACAUUUUUCCACACUUCCAUCCAUCCCAACCUCCUUCAACCCCAAGUCUUCACACUUUUCCACCACUCCUUUUUCCACUAUUCCUCUCCCUCUCUCUCCCCCCUCGGUUUUUUCUUUCUUUAACUUCUCUGUAAUGGAUCCUCUGGCUCUCAUCUGUACGGUCGCUCUCUUGGGCGGCGGACUCUACUGGUUCAUCUGUGUUCUGGGUCCCGCCGAGCAGAAAGGCAAACGUGCCAUCGACCUCUCCGGCGGCUCCAUCUCCGCCGAGAACGUCCAGGACAACUACAAGCAGUACUGGUCCUUCUUCCGCCAGCCCAAAGAGAUCGAGAAGGAGGACAAAGUCCCCGACUUUGUCGACACUUUCUACAACCUCGUCACCGACAUCUACGAGUGGGGCUGGGGUCAGUCCUUCCACUUCUCCCCCGCCGUCCCCGGCAAGUCCCAUGGCGAUGCCACCCGCCUCCAUGAGGAGAUGGCCGUGGAUCUCAUCGACAUCAAGCCGGGCGAUCGGAUCAUUGAUGUCGGCUGCGGUGUUGGCGGCCCCAUGCGUGCCAUCGCUGCCCACUCGCGCGCCAAGGUCGUCGGCAUCACCAUCAACGAGUACCAAGUGAAACGCGCUAAGCUCCACAACAAGAAGGCCGGGCUGGAUUCGCUCUGCGAGGUGGUCUGCGGGAACUUCCUACAGAUGCCGUUCGAUGACAACAGCUUCGACGGUGCGUACUCGAUCGAGGCCACGUGCCACGCGCCGAAGCUGGAGGAAGUUUACGCCGAGAUUUUCCGGGUCUUGAAGCCCGGCGCGAUGUACGUGUCGUACGAGUGGGUAACGACGGACAAGUACCGAGGGGAGGAUCCGGAGCAUGUGGAGAUCAUUCAGGGGAUUGAGCGCGGCGACGCCUUGCCGGGGCUGAGGGGCUACAUGGACAUCGCCGAGACGGCGCGGAAGGUGGGGUUUGAGGUCGUGAGGGAGAGGGAUCUGGCGAAGCCGCCGGCCCAGCCGUGGUGGACCCGGCUGAAGAUGGGUCGGAUCGCGUACUGGCGGAACCACAUUGUGAUCACUGUGCUGGCGGCGCUGGGGAUCGCGCCCAAGGGGACGGUCGAUGUGCACGAGAUGCUGUUCAAGACGGCGGAUUAUCUGACGAGAGGUGGUGACAGCGGCAUCUUCAGCCCGAUGCACAUGAUUCUCUGCCGGAAACCACCCACGCCGGGAGGCGAGCCCCUAUCGGAGGAGGUGUCUUAGUGAAUUCGCGGCCGUGGACGUGGAUUUGGUCUGGAGUCAGUCAUUAUACAGUUUUUUUUUUUUUUUUUUCAAUUAAUUCACUGCAUCUUUCUUUCUUUCUUUACUGUUGGGAAUUUUGUUUUUAAUUUGUGGAAUUGGGUGGGAAAGGCAGCCCAGCCCCUCUUCAUUUGAUGUGUUGUUAGUUGUUGCUGCUGCUGUUUAAGGUGUAAUCUGAAUCUCAAUGCCCGCAAGUGUUUUGUGUUUGGUUGUUGUAAUUUGGUGUUGGGAAAAUGAUCUUGGAUCUGAUCUUGGAGAUAUGCUGCACAUGGGAGAUGGGCCGGGAGAGGAAGACAAGAAGCCGACCACAGCACAGCUCACCGGAAAAUAUUUGUUUGUUUGUGGGUUUAUUAGUAGUUUUUAUUAUGCCAAACAGACAGCCGAUCCAGCCAGCUUGUAUUUCCUUUUUUGUCUUUUACAUAAAGAUGCCUGCCCUUCUCUCUCUCUC